AGAGUCCGGCCCAGGACGCCGGGGCCAGCGACGGUGCCGCCGCGCCCCGCUGCCCCGCGGCUCCUGCAGCCGCCUGUGCGUGCUGCCCCGGCCCAGCCCUGCCGCUCACCGGCCCGACGGCUGCAGGGCGGGGGCCGCUGCCCGGCGCGCAGCAGGAAGCAGGUGAGGGCAAGGUGGCCCGCGGUGCCCCGGCCCGCUUGGCUGGCGGGCACGGGGGGCCCUGGGCGCAGGGCUGAUGGCUCGCUCUCGGCCGCAGGGCAAAAGAAGGAGCUGCAGGAGCUGUACCUGCUGGGCCCGCAGCUGGGGAGCGGUGGCUUCGGCACCGUUUUCUCGGGGACCCGCCUCUCGGACGGGAGCCCGGUGGCCAUCAAGCACGUGGCCCGGGAGAGCGUCCUGCAGUGGGACGAGCGGCCCGACGGCAGCCGUGUUCCAAUGGAGAUCGUGCUGAUGGAGAAGGUGGGCUCUGGCUGCCGCAGCAUCAUCCAGCUCCUGGACUGGUUCGAGCUGCCUGACAGCUUCGUGCUGGUGCUGGAGCGCCCGGAGCGAUCGCAGGAUCUCCUGCAGCUCCUGCAGCAGCAGGAGUUCCUGAGCGAGGAGGCGGCGCGCUGGCUUUUCUGCCAGGUGCUGGAGGCCGUGCGGCACUGCACCGCCUGCGGCGUCCUGCACCGGGACAUCAAGCCAGAGAACCUCCUCGUGGACCCGGAGAGUGGCGACCUGAAGCUCAUCGACUUCGGUUGCGGCACCUUCCUCCAGGAGCGGGCCUUCACUCAAUUUGCCGGAACACGCACGUACUGCCCACCCGAGUGGAUCUGCCAGGGCCGCUACCACGGCCAUGCGGCGACCAUCUGGUCCCUGGGGGUGCUGCUCUAUGUCAUGGUCUGCGGGUGCCUCCCCUUCGAGGACGACCGUGAGAUCCUGCUGGGGGAGCUUAUCUUCAGGCCGCAGGUCUCUCCAGAGUGCCGACACCUGAUCCGCUGGUGUUUGGCCCAGCACCCCGCCGCCGACCGGCCGCAGCUGGACCAGAUCUUCCGCCACCCUUGGGUGUGGGCCGGCUGCCUUUGAUGCCUUGCUGGCGCCUCUGCAGCCCCCAGCUACCGAGUCCCACGCAGGACUGAGGGCCGGAAAAAUAAAACAACCACCGACCCGUUG